AUGUCUCCAUAUUCUUUUCAAAUUCUUCCAUUUGUUUGUUUUCCUAUUAUCAUUUUUAUUCUUGCUCUCACAGUUUGUUUUUUUUUCUCGUUCUCCGACUUCUGUCUUUCCUUCUUUUCUUCUUUCAUAAUUCUCCUUCUGUUUUCUUCUUUCCCCACCCCAAUUCUUUUUUCGUUUGUCUCUUCUACUUCUUUCUCUUUUUCAUUCAUUCGUUUUUUUUCUUCUUUUCUUAUUACUACUAUUUCUGUCCAUUGUUUUUCUCUCCUCUUCUUCUUCUUCUUCUUUUCAUUCUUUCUGUCUUUCACAGUUCUCUCUCCGUUUUCUUCUCCCGUCCAUUCUCCUUUCUUGCUUCUUCUCUUAACUGUUUUUUAUGAAUCUUUUUCUUCUUUUUCUUCUCCUUCUUUUACUUCUUUUCACUUUCUUUCUUUCUUUUUCUUUCUUUCUUUUUUCUUUCUUUCUUUCAUAAUUUUACCUCCAUUUUCUUCUCUCCAUUCUUAUUUUCCGUUUCCUCUUCUACUUCUUUCUUUUAUUCAUUCUUUCUUUUUUAAUUUUUCUCUUUUUUCUCCUUUUUUUCUUUCAAUUAAUAAUUCUUCUCUUCAUUUUUUAUCUUGGCUUGCUUCUUCUUCUUCUUCUUCUUCUUCUUCUUCUUGUUUAACUUGUUUUUCUGUCUUCUGUAAUUAUUUCCCCGUUUUUUCUCCCUUCUAUUCGUUUUUUCUUUCAUUCAUUCUACUUCAUUAUUUCGUCUUUUUAAUUAUUCUCCUUUUAUUCUUCUUUCCAUUAAUGCUUCUUCCCUCCAUUGUUUUUAUCACUCCCUUCUUCUUCUUCUUCUUCUUCUUCUUCUUCUUCUUCUUCAAUAUUACCUUCCUUUUUUCUUUUCUUUCCUGCUUUCUUUACCUUUUUCUUUUUUUCUUAUUUCUUCUUCUUUUUCUUCUUCCCCUUCACUUUUCAAUUCUAAUUUUCCCUUCCAGUUUUCCCCCACUUCGAUCCCUUUUUCAUCUUCUUCCUUUUAUUCUUAAGGCCACUGAACGUAAAACAAUUAUAAACAAUCCUGUCAUUCUCGUUUAA